GUUUUGUCGCAUACUCUGAUCUCAACUGUCGCUACCAUGGAUUUGCAACCGCCGUCGGUGCUGGCUCAGUUGCCUCGCCCGUUGCACGCCUCAACCGGCAAAACCCACAUCGGCGAUGUCUUCAGUCUGGCCGAGUCGAAAAAGCGAAAGAGACAUGAAGUCGUCGUUGCGGCAGAUGGUGAAGCCGUGAACAUUUACAACAUUCAAACCCCCAAAUUGGUGACCUCCUACGCCGUCCCGCCGCAAUCAUCCUUCACUUGCCAGCCCUGCUCGGUGCGCAGAAAGAUCCCCAGCAAAUCCGUGGUCAGGAGACAGACGUACAUCGCCUUGAAACAGCAGAUCAAGGCAUUCGUUGAAGAAAGUGGUGGCAAUGGCUCCAGCGCCCCGGUGAUUUCCUCCUCGUCCUACUCCGUCAGCGAUUCAGAUAGCCCAGUCAACUUCGUGGGGAUUGUCCCCGGCCCUUCGACUGAGCAAGAACCUGAAGGCUCGUUCGACAUUCUCGCCGUUCACCAAGAUGGUCGCGUCCGCCGACUCUCUCCCGAUCUCAAGACCCAGCGAUGGAGCAUGGAACACAGCGAGGUGGCCAAGAUCAGCUCGACACACAGCGUCAACGCCUGUUUCCUUGUUGAAUUCGAGGAUGCGAAGAAAUCUCUGCUCAAGCGCCGGCAAGACCUUACAGCUUUGGCGCUCGGCAGCCUCACCGAUAGCGGCGUGGAUGAGCCUUCGAUUCUGUUGGUCGUCUCGCACCCCAAUGGAUCCGAUCCGGUCAAACUCAGCGACGUCAAAGUCCAGAUGUUCUCCGUGCCCUCCGACGCUACCCUUCUAGAGCGCAGCAUCGAUGAAAGCCAGAAGAUGAGACACCUGCUCACGAUCAGCAUCCCCGAGGUCAGCGGACAGGAGACCAUUGAGCGCCAGGGCUCGCAGUGGUACUUCCACUCCGGAUCGGCUGGACUGAACCUCUCGUUCCCACACGGACAUAUCAACUUCGAUCUCUCCCAGUACGCCCCCACGCUGACGUCGAAGUUCAUCCUCGAAAAUGAGACCUUCUCGUCAAUCAUGCGCAUCUCGCCCCAAUCCGUGAUCGGUGCUGGUCAAUCGAUGAUUGCCGUCUACGACACCCAAUACCAGUCCAUCCAGCGGAGUAUCGCCGUUAGCGACGUCCCGGCGAGUGGCUCAUCCAGCGUCAAGGCACCCACGACCUUCGUCAGUUACUUUGCCCGAUUGGGGGUCGCCCUCGCCACGAAGAACAACACUCUACUGGCGUUCGACUUGAGCUCCUCGAGUCUCGCCGGCGGGCCCCUCAAACGCCCUCGCGACGGCCUCUUGAUCGACGCCAUCGGCCGCGGUAUCGGGCCCUCAUACGCCCAGUCCGACCUUAGCUCGAAGAAGCUGCGAACCGAGGAUGCCGCCGUCUUUGGGCUGACUGCCAAGCAGACCGUGCGGUGGACGCAGCUGACCAACGAUCUCCGCGAGUGCGUCAAGAGCAACAAUGCCAGCGCCUUCGACACGGCAGUGCAGCGGUUCUUCGGCGCCGGAGAGUCCAAGACCCUCCCGGGGCCCGGAAAGUUCGUCAACUCGGAGCUGACGCUCUUCCUCCUGACCCUGAUCUUCUCCCUGAAGGAGGAGAACAACACCCAAACCAGCAAGGACACGCUCUCCGCGCCUACCGCCUCCCGCCUCUCGAUAGCCAUCUGGCCCGAACGCACCUGCCAAUGGCUCAUCAACAUCGGCCACCUUUCGCAGGCCAACGUCGAGAUCGCCCUGCGCCGCAGCAUCAAGCCGCGCAUCCUGCAACCGCUGCCCGUGGGCUCCUUCGUGCAGGGGCUGGUCGACUCGGACCCGACGCUGCAAAGACUCAACAGCGUGCUGUCCGGCCGGGUGGUGCUCUCGACCAACGAGCUCGCCUACGCCCUGCGCCUGUUCCUCGACAAGGCGCGCUCCAGCGCCAUCAUCCUCGAGGAGGCGCGCGCCAAGCUCCUCACCUCCGGCGAAACGCAGCCCGAUCACGAUGAGGAGAUGUCCGACUCCCCGGCCGACCCCUCCACAAACUCAGACUCCAACGCCCUCGUCACGACGACAACAACAACUACUCCAACGGAGCCCGCCACCCUCCACAACAUCUACAAGGGCCUCAACACGACCCUGCACAUACUCCACACCCACCCGCCCGCCACCCUCACGACUGCCCUCCGCUCCGCCCUCACCCGCUCCGAACUGAUCUCCAUGGUCCACCACCUCCGCCUCUGCCUCGCCACCAGCGGCCACACCACCCGCUUCACCGAGAACCCGCCGACCCCGAUCUCGCCGGACCAGACCAACCCCGCCCUGCCCCUCGACACCAUCACCACCUGCCUGAACGCCGCCAUCGACGCCAUCGGCCCCUCGGGCUGGAUCGCCGCCGCCGCCUCCCCCGGGGAACCCUUGGCCGAAAACAGCCAGGAGCUGAUCGCCGACAUCAAGUCUGAGAUCUCCGCCGCCCUCGCCGGCGUCGAGGAGGCCACCUAUCUCACCGGCAUUCUCCGGGAGUACCUCCGCUACACGAAUAGCGUCAAGGCCACCACCGCUGCCGUCACCACCACCGCCGUUGCUGAGACGGCAGUCAUCCCCGCGACCGAGCAGCCCGUCACCCCCGCCAAUGUCCGGUACGAGAAACUCAACGGCGCCGACCUGGUCAUCUUCGGUGCCGGCGACGGCGAGGAAGGCGGCGCCGGCGGCGAGGCCGCCGGUGGGAAGCUGUUGCCCCUGUCGCUCAAGGCCGCCGCCCACGACGUCAGCAAGACCAAGGUCAAGAAGGAGACGGGCGAGGUCAAGGCCCGCAGUAGUCGAGAGAUCGGGUACCUGCGGCGGAAGGCCGUGGGGAAGUAUUCUUUCGAGAGGCUGUUUGUAUAGUUACGUACCAAAAGAUUCAAAGUGGAAUGGGGGACAACGACGAGGAGAGAGAAGAGAGAUUGUAUGCGGACACACAUACUUUACUUACAUUUAUUACUGGAUGGAUAGAAAAAGUG